AGUAGUCGCGAGAGUGAACGCAGCGGUUUCCCAUGGUGACUGACAGUGACUGACAAGCAGGUAUCAUAGCUAGCUUUCACACAGUGUCUACGAUAAAGGUGAAAGUCUUUAGUGAAAGCUUCGGAAAUGCUUGAUUAAGCAAUUAAAGCGCACUUGACAGCCUUGCUUAUUUUUAGGCAUUUUUUUUGUUUGUAGAUGAAAGCCGGAUGUUUUAUGGAGAAAGAUAGUCUGCUGCAUUUUAGCAAGUGUAUUGCCUCGCUACCCUGCUUCCCUUCCCAGUCUCCCACUGUUUUGGAAGCAUUGUGGAACCACAACGUUAGGUAAACCCACUUGCAGGCAGUUAGCCUUAGCAGACUAUCAGGAUUUUGGGAAUAGUGUUGACUCUGAACGGAGAAUUGGGUAGAAUUAUAAUUAUAAUUGUGGAUUCCAUCAUCCGAAGCCCCUUCUGGACUGCUCUACGCCUGUUGUCAUUGCCGUUUGACAUCCAGUCGGGUUGUCUUUGAAGGACUGGUACUCUGGACGCCCCAAAACUGGCUGACAUGGAUGAACAGAGUGUAGAGAGCAUAGCGGAGGUGUUUCGCUGCUUCAUCUGUAUGGAGAAGCUGAGGGAUGCUAGACUCUGCCCACACUGCUCCAAACUCUGCUGCUUCAGCUGCAUACGGCGAUGGCUAACAGAACAGAGAGCCCAGUGCCCUCACUGUCGGGCACCUCUGCAGCUGCGUGAGCUGGUGAAUUGUCGCUGGGCAGAGGAGGUCACCCAGCAGCUAGACACACUGCAGCUCUGCAACCUCUCAAAACAUGAGGAGAACGACAAGGACAAGUGUGAGAGCCACCACGAGAAGCUGAGUGUGUUCUGCUGGACCUGCAAGAAGUGCAUCUGCCACCAGUGUGCCCUCUGGGGCGGCAUGCAUGGUGGUCAUACCUUCAAGCCUCUGGCAGAGAUCUAUGAGCAGCACGUUACCAAGGUGAACGAGGAGGUUGCCAAGCUACGCCGACGACUCAUGGAGCUCAUCAGUCUCGUCCAGGAAGUAGAGAAGAAUGUGGAGGCGGUCCGCGGGGCGAAGGACGAGCGUGUCAGAGAGAUUAGGAACGCAGUGGAGAUGAUGAUCGCAAGACUGGACAACCAGCUCAAGAACAAGCUCAUCACACUCAUGGGUCAGAAGACAUCUUUGACUCAGGAAACAGAGUUGUUGGAAUCUUUGCUGCAGGAAGUGGAGCACCAGCUGAGGUCCUGCAGUAAGAGUGAGCUCAUCUCCAAGAGCCCGGAGAUUCUGCUCAUGUUCCAGCAGGUGCACAGGAAGCCCAUGCAGUCAUUCGUCACCACACCUGUGCCCCCCGACUUCACCAGUGAGCUGGUGCCGGCGUAUGACUCCAGUGUGUUUGUGCUGUCCAGCUUCAGUACCUUGCGGCAGCGGGCAGACCCUGUGUACAGCCCCCCACUGCAGAUCUCAGGCCUCUGCUGGAGACUCAAGGUUUACCCUGAUGGUAACGGUGUUGUGCGUGGCAACUACCUCUCUGUGUUUCUGGAGCUGUCAGCUGGUCUGUCUGAAACCUCCAAGUAUGAGUACAGAGUGGAGAUGGUACACCAGGGCUCCAGUGACCCGAGUAAGAACAUCAUCAGAGAGUUUGCGUCGGACUUUGAGGUGGGAGAAUGCUGGGGGUACAACCGCUUCUUCAGACUGGACCUGCUGGCCACGGAGGGAUAUCUAGACCGCCAGAACGACACACUCGUACUGAGGUACCAGGUGAGGUCGCCUACCUUCUUCCAGAAGUGCAGAGACCAGAGUUGGUACAUCAACCAGCUGGAGUCUGCACAGAGCAGCUACGUACAGCAGAUACACCACCUGCAGGAGAGGCUGGCCAUGCAGCUGUUCCGCCAUGAGAAGAGCCCAGACCAGGGGAAGGGGGGUGUGCGUGAGUCUCGGGCGGAGAAGGCGGAGUCAGGAGAGGAGGGGGUGGUGCCAACAGCAGGGGGGACUGGAAGCAAGACGGAAGAGGAGGAGGAGGACAAGACACAGCAGGACGACUCCAACGACCUGUCUGACGGUGAUCUGGAGGUGGACUGUCUCACGGGGGAUGAAGAGGUGAACCAUCUGGACGGCAGCAGCACCUCUGGCAGCUCCACGGCAACCAGCAACACGGAGGAGAACGACAUCGACGAGGAGACCAUGUCUGGUGAGAAUGAUGUGUACGGGGCCACUCUGGAGUUGGAGGAGGGACACAUGCCUGAGGAUGCAGCUGGAGCCACAGGUGGUUCUGGCCCGCGGGCGACCCGGCGCGGAGCAGGAGCCGCCAGUGCCAGUGGGCUGCUGGAGAUCGACCCGGUCAUCCUCAUCCAGCUACUGGACCUCAAGGACCGCAACCACAUGGACGCACUGUGGGGGGUGCAGCCCAGACCACCAACACUGCUGCACAACCAGGCUGCAGUCCCCUCCCGUAAGGACCGUGACCGGCGCCCUCAGGCAGUGCGGCGGUCAGCCCCGGACUCUGGGGUCCUGAUCCGGCUGAAGGCUCAGAUGGCGGAGGUGCGGAACAAGAUGAGCGACGUGAAGGGCCAGCUGGAGGCCCUGGGGGGGGAGGCGCGCGCCGGGCCCUCGCUAGAGCUGGCGCCCCCUGUGGAGCUGGAGGGGAACUGCAGGAAGAGUGAGCUGGACCUGCUCUUCAAGGGCUCCGUUAAACACACCCGCGGUGGGAAGAAGUCUCCCCCUCAGGCAGACGGUGUGUGUGUGAUAGGGGGUGUGUCCGCACGCCGGCCCCUCGAGGGGGGAGAGAAAGACCUGAGGGGGGAGGACGCCCCCGCCCAACCCCACAGCAGCAGAGAGUCUGCCAGCAUGACUGAGGGUGUGGUGAAGCCGCGUAGUGUGCACAGCUCUCCCCCCUCCCUGGGCAGCAGCUGUGAGCGGGAGGUCCGUGAGGGGGGGUCACUGUACGGGGUCACCACCUCUGACCUUUUCUCUCUCAACGGCCUGAGCGCCGCCACCGCCAAGACACGCAGGAACACCUUGGGGGCAGGGCUGCUGACUGACAGCUCUCUGGAUGGAGACCAGGAGGAGGGGCCUGUGGAAUCCCACCAAUCACGGCUAUCACUGGCAGAAAGCCACCAAUCGCGGCUCACGUUGGCAGAGCCCUCCGUCUCCCGUAGUGAUGAAGAUGUGCUGUGUCAGAAGCCUGUUGUGCACCUGAUGAGCAGUGACAGUGAGGUUGACUGCGACACGGAGAAUGAGGAGGACGGAGAAGCUGGACACUGCCAAUACGACACACACUCACUGCCUGAAGCAGGGGAGCAGCUGAUGUCUGAUGACUUGAGCUUCACAGCAGAAGAGGCCACUGAGAGAUGAGGGGUUUCCGUGGGAACUGCGACCCAUGAUGCACAUCCCGUCUCUCACCCUUAUGUUUGUUGUUUGUUUGUUUGUUUGUUUAUGUGUGUGUUGUUUGUUUUUGUACACCUGCACUUUGCCCCUCCCUCUGUUUUCUGAGAGGGAGUCAUGUGAUCUUACGAUACAGACGACUUUCAGAGAUACACACACACACACACACACACACACACACACACACACACACACACACAGCUUGCCCCCUUGCUCAGCCACUGAUUGAUUUGUGAGCCAAGGAUACAGGGGAGGGGUGUGUGACUGUGACUGAGAGUGUGUGUGUGUGUUUGUGUGUGUGUGUGUGUGUGUGUUGUAUGCUUGCAGCUGGAUAAGAGUAUGAGGUGUGUGUGUGUGUGUGUGUGUGUGUGUGUGGGUUGUAUGCUUGCAGCUGGAUAAGAGUAUGAGGUGUGUGUGUGUGUGUGUGUGUGUGUGUGCGUGUGUGUGUGUGUGUGUGUGUGUGUGCGUGCAUUCUAGCUGACCCCCUCAUACUUACAGAGCUGGUUCCUGUCGGCUUCAUUUUCCGUGUAAAUAACUUCAGCAGUUGGGAAACCAUGUGCUGUUCAGACACACACACACACUUAACAUGUUUCUUCUGAUGUCAGAAGUUGAGUCAUUGGGAGCAAACAUCUACAUUCCUGUUUUUACCCCUACUUUUUGACUUCCCCCGGUCCACUCUUUACCCCCCGGCUUCGUUUUACCCCCCCGGUCUUUUGUUUUUAUUGGAGUUCGUUUCUUCUAACCCAACUGUGACACUCUAAUUAAAGUGUUUGCUUUGUAUAUAAGGUGCUGAGUGGAUGCUAUGUGAAGAUUUAUUUUCCUCCAGACACACACACACACACACUUCAGAAUGUUCUAUCUCUACAGUGUUGUAGUCUGCCAGUUCAGUGUUAACAUAGGCAAGAGCACAUUUAAGGAGAUGUUGAAGUACUUUUAGUGUUUCUGUAGCCUGCCCGUUACAGCCUGCUGUGUGUGUGUGUGUGUGUGUGUGUGUGUGUGUGUGUGUGUGUGUGUGUGUGUGUGUGUGUGUGUGU